UCUUAAUUAAUCUUUCUCCAGAAACUUUAACAUAAUACAAAUUAAUUAUGGUAAGUUUAGCGCUAACAUCCUCCCUCGUCCCAAGGUGCACCCCGGUUAAACUAGUAGCCUCAAGGAAUUCAAAGAGCUACAGGGCGAGGAACGUCGUGCUAUUAAGUUCAAAACAAGAGUUUUCAAGUGCUUCUGAAAAAGCCGCUGAGGCAGCAAAAAGUGGAGCCAAUGCGGCUGCCCAGAAAACAAAAGACUCAGCAGAAAAAGUUUCUGAAACAGCACAGGAGAUAAGUGAUAAAGCCAAGGAAACGGUACAAGAUGCAUGGGGAACAGUCAAGGAUACAGCAAAGAAGAUGAAAGACACAGUGGCUGGGACAGCUGAGAAAUCAGCGGAGACCAUUAAAGAAGGUGCUAAAACCAUCAAGCGCAACGUCAGUUCCUAAGCAAAUUACGGUGGGAAUAUAGUCAUAUAUACCAAUAUGAAUUUUGCUCUUCGCUAAUUUUGUUAUCUUAAUCUAAUAACUAUUAUACUAUGUAGCUUAUUAUAUAUGCAAUAUAGCAUGUAUGAUGUACCUGUACUUGAAGAAGUUUUCAUAAUACUUAAAGCUAUAUUAUACGUCA